GUUAACAUGUCAAUGAAAGGUAGAACGAUAAAAGCCAUCUUGAAUGAAGCGAAAAAAGGGACCAGUGCUGAUUCAUCUCGAAUAGGAAGAGCUGAAGCCAUAUUAACCCAGCUUAAGAAGGACGCUGACUGGCUGCAGGCAAACAAUUCACCUCUUUACACAAAAAUCAAGAGUGAUAUAGAUAGAAAGACUUCAUAUUCAAGGCCAGAGGUAACCAAAGACUCAGAUGAUCUGUGCAGAUUUUUGGCAACUCAAAAAAGUGCAGACAGUAACGUAUGGAAAAAUUAUGUCUUCUUAUUGGAAUGUCGAAAUCAUAAAAGAGAAUCGUCUGCUACCAAGAAUAACAAAACUGUUAUGAAGUCUGGAAAUCAAAGAAAACCAUCAACAAACGCUGGUAAGCUAUCAACGACAAGCCCAUCCAAGGACAAUCAAGAAUAUCCAGUUUCCAAUCACCAAAUACGAUUGAGCAGAUAUGCCAGUCAGCAAUUAACGCAAGGAAACCCAAAUAUAGCUGACCUAGUGAUAAAAUAG